GCUCCCCGCAGCCCCGGCCUCGCCUGCCCGCCCGCGCUCGCCCCCGCCAUGCCGAACAUCGUGCUCUUCAGCGGCAGCUCCCACCACGACCUGUCCCAGCGGGUGGCGGACCGGCUCGGGCUGGAGCUGGGCAAGGUGGUCACCAAGAAGUUCAGCAACCAGGAGACCAGUGUAGAGAUUGGUGAAAGUGUAAGAGGGGAAGAUGUGUAUAUUAUCCAGAGUGGCUGUGGAGAAAUAAAUGACAACUUAAUGGAGCUACUCAUCAUGAUCAAUGCUUGCAAGAUUGCAUCAUCCUCCAGAGUGACUGCUGUAAUUCCAUGUUUUCCAUAUGCCAGGCAAGAUAAGAAAGACAAGAAGGGAUCCGUGGAGCGUUGGAGCCGUGCACCAAUCUCUGCAAAACUUGUUGCCAACAUGCUGUCGGUUGCAGGGGCUGACCACAUCAUCACCAUGGACUUGCACGCUUCUCAGAUCCAGGGUUUCUUUGACAUUCCAGUAGAUAACCUGUAUGCAGAACCUGCAGUCCUGCAGUGGAUUAAAGAGAACAUUCCUGAGUGGAGAAACUGUAUCAUAGUCUCACCUGAUGCAGGUGGUGCAAAAAGAGGGAAGAGAUUUUUCCUGCUGCUUGCUUCUUUAGUCAAGUUGCUGCACCUCUUCUGCUUCGCUCUGGAAUUGCCUAAGCUUCCCUUCUCUGUCAAAGCAUAUGGCCUAUUCCCACUGUACCUGCUGGCAUUUAGGGUUACUUCAAUUGCUGACAGACUGAAUGUGGAAUUUGCUCUCAUUCAUAAGGAAAGAAAGAAGGCAAAUGAAGUGGACAGAAUGGUCUUGGUUGGUGAUGUGAAAGACAGAGUAGCAAUUCUUGUUGAUGAUAUGGCUGACACAUGUGGCACAAUAUGUCAUGCAGCAGACAAGUUAAUGUCUGCUGGAGCUACUAAAGUUUAUGCCAUUCUGACUCAUGGCAUAUUUUCUGGUCCUGCCCUCUCUCGGAUUAAUAAUGCAUCAUUUGAGGCUGUUGUGGUAACUAACACAAUCCCCCAAGAGGAGAAAAUGAAACACUGCCCAAAAAUACAGUUUAUUGACAUUUCCAUGAUCCUGGCAGAGGCAAUUCGAAGAACACACAAUGGUGAAUCUGUGUCUUACCUGUUCAGUCAUGUCCCCUUGUAACUGCAGGGGAUUACACUGCAUCUUUGCAAAGGUCUCUUAAGCCAGCACUGUUUUUAACGAUGCUUAUCAACCAUGAGAAAUUAGUAUCUUUGUACAAUUCAAGAGCUUGUAUGUUUAAUUAUUUUAUUUGUCUUGUAAUUGCCAUUUGUUCUCUGUAAAUGGGCAAUAAAUCUCCAUCUUGCAGAAA